GAUAAAUAUAUUAAACAUUAGAAUACAUAAUAAACCAUAAUAUCAUAUCACAAGUAUAAACUAACAGAGCUAAAGCGCCUCCAGCACCGCGCAUGCGCAGUUCACUGCUAAGGAAGAAAGAGGAACAUGUCUCUAGCGAGCUUCUUACCGGCGCCGACCCAGCUGUCUCAGGACCAGCUGGAGGCCGAGGAAAGGCUCCGGGCCCAGAAGUCCUACUCCACCGCCUUGGUGUCGUCCCGCAGGGAGCCUCCUCCGUAUGGACACAGAAAGGGCUGGGUGCCUCGCACUCUGGAGGACUUUGGAGAUGGAGGAGCUUUCCCAGAGAUCCAUGUGGCCCAGUUUCCUCUGGAGAUGGGUAGGAAGAAGAAGACAUCCAAUGCCCUGGCGGUGCAGGUGGAUGCAGAAGGAAAGGUCAAAUAUGACGCUAUCGCCAGACAAGGACAGAACAAGGAUAAGGUGAUCUUCAGUAAGUACGUAGACCUUCUACCAAAAGAAGUUCUGAAUGAAGAUACUCCAGAACUACAGAAGCCUGAUGAGGAGACUGUAAAAGAGCUGACGGAGAAGACUCGCAGUGCCCUGGACAAGCAGGUGUCUCAAAAGAUUGCUGCUGCCAUGCCUGUAAGAGCCGCAGACAAACAAGCUCCUGCACAGUACAUCAGAUACACCCCAUCCCAGCAGGGAGUGGCUUUUAACUCAGGGGCCAAACAGAGGGUGAUCCGCAUGGUGGAAAUGCAGAAAGAUCCAAUGGAACCUCCACGUUUCAAGAUCAACAAGAAGAUUCCUCGAGGACCUCCUUCUCCCCCUGCCCCUGUCAUGCAUUCCCCAAGCAGAAAGAUGACAGUCAAGGAGCAGCAGGAGUGGAAGAUUCCUCCGUGCAUCUCCAACUGGAAAAACGCCAAGGGCUACACAAUUCCUCUUGACAAACGUCUGGCUGCUGAUGGCAGGGGGCUGCAAACCGUUCAUAUCAAUGAAAACUUUGCUAAGCUGGCCGAGGCGCUCUACAUCGCUGAUAGAAAGGCCAGAGAGGCAGUGGAGAUGAGAGCCCAAGUAGAGAAGAAGAUGGCCCAGAAGGAGAAGGAAAAGAAGGAGGAGAAACUGAGGGAACUGGCCCAAAUGGCUCGAGACCGCAGGGCAGGGAUCAAAAGUCACGGGGACAAAGGUGGCGAGGACAGCGAGGUCAGGGAGCGUGACGAGAUCCGCCAUGACAGAAGGAAAGAAAGACAGCACGACAGGAACAUUUCCAGGGCUGCUCCUGAUAAGAGGUCAAAGCUGCAGAGGGACCAGGACAGGGACAUUAGCGAGCUCAUCGCUCUGGGCGUGCCCAACCCUCGUUCCGCCAGCGAGGCGCAGUAUGACCAGCGGCUCUUCAAUCAGAGCAAGGGUAUGGAUAGUGGUUUUGCUGGUGGUGAGGAUGAGACGUACAACGUGUACGACCAGCCGUUCCGUGGCGGCAGAGACAUGGCUUCAAACAUCUACCGGCCCAGCAAGAAUAUAGACAAGGACGCCUACACAGAUGACUUUGACACGCUCAUGCACAACAACAGAUUCGUUCCAGACAAAGAGUUCUCAGGUGCCGACCACGGGCAGAGGCGGGAAGGGCCGGUGCAGUUUGAGGAGGAUCCCUUCGGUCUGGACAAGUUCUUGGAGGAGGCCAAGCAGCACGGCGGCUCCAAGAGGCCGUCCACCAGCAGCCGCUCAAAGGACGACUACCACGACAAGAAACGCAGGAAGGAGUGAGAGCGGCCAGGCACCGAGUCCAUGCAGGGCAGCUGCUAGCGUGUUGGAGGAUUGGGAGGUAGUCGGCACCCUCUCAAAGGCUGAGAGGUGUUUUAAUAUACUCAAGUCUCUAUCAGGAAUGAUCUGUCAGAUUUUUGUUUCCUUUCAGUGGGAGAGAAGAUUUUUUCCUCCUCUUUUUUCCCCCACAUUUGUUGUUUACUCCGCUCUAUUCAGAGUCGUGCUUAAUAUGACGAGUAAACACGUUACACAUAGCGCAAGUGGAGCCAAACUGACCUCUGCAUCUGAAAACGUCUCUGUGCAGUGCAGCAAAGUCAUUUCAGAUGUGACAGACAGUGAUAUGUUGGCCCUAGAAAUUUGUAGACUUUAGUUUUGCUUCAUUUUUUUUUCUUUUUCCAUGUAUACGGAGUAAACUCAGCAGGACCUGUUCAUAUUUUCUCUCAUAUAUCCCCCACAUUCCCCCCUUUGAGUUUUUGUCAACUGUUUUAUUUAAACCCAGGUGUAUUUGUGAGCCCAGUUAAAGCUCGUAUUUGAUGGCAGAUAUGUACAGCAGUAUAAAUUUAUCUGUAAGAUGUGAAGCAAGCCAGCUUUAUAAUUCUUGUACAUUACUACCAGUGGAAUAAAUUUCAUAUCGUGUGUAA